AUGUUCAAACCGUCAGUGAGAAUUUUGAAAUAUCAAGUCACAUCUUCCUUAAGAGUAUCUUUGGUCGGUAGGUCUAUUCAAAAAGCAUUCUCAACUACCUCCUUUAGGUUAAAAAACAAUAAGGAAAGUAUCACAAAUGAUACUAAUAUUUUAAAUGAGAUUAAAGAUAUCCCAUUAAAGGAUAUUAAAGUAAAUAUUAAAAAUAAAAUAGAUAUUCCUACUACGGAUCCAACCGAUGGAUUUAUGAAUUGGAAAAGUAUUGGUUUAUUUACUUUUGUAAGUGGUGGUCUUUACUAUUGGGCCUAUAAUAAAAAGAAAGAACUUGAGAUUAUUAAAGAAGAUGAGGCUAAUAGAGCUGCUGUCGGAGGUCCUUUUAAACUGAUUGACCAGAAUGGGAACGAAUUUACUGAAAGGAAUUUUUUAGGUAGAUUUUCUCUAUUAUAUUUCGGAUUCAGUCAUUGUCCAGAUGUUUGCCCGGCAGAAUUAGAUAAAUUAGCUAUCUGGAUUGAAAGAAUUAAAAAAGAUUGCAAUGUUGAUGUUCAACCUGUAUUUAUUACCUGUGACCCUAUUAGAGACACACCUGAAGUUUUGCGACACUAUUUAAAGGAUUUCCAUCCAUCAAUUAUUGGAUUAACUGGAACACAUAGUCGAAUUAAAGAGAUGUGCAAAAAUUAUAAAGUAUUUUUCUCUACUCCAGCUAAUGCAAAUCCAAAGGAAGACUAUAUUGUAGAUCAUUCAGCUUUUACAUAUGUUAUCGAUCCAGAAGGUCAGUUUAUGGAAGCAAUCGGUACAAUUUAUGAUGACGAUGAAGGUCUAGAAAGAAUUGAACAACACAUUAAGACUUUCUUACCAAAAGCCGAAAGAGAAAAAAGAUUGAAUAAAUGGUAUGCAUUUUUAUUCAGAUAA